AAAAAUUAUAUAAUAAUAAAAACAAUACAUUUAAAAAAUAAGUAUAAAUGUAGGGUAUCUUAACAUGACCUUGGGCUUACCAUGAAGAAAUAUUGCCCUGCUUUGACUUAAUACAGAUCAGUUAUGAAAAUUAUAAAAGUUAUAAAAGACGUAUGAAACUUUAAUGCAGUUGUGCAAUUGCUCAAAUGUGGAGCCUUCUUUUUCCACACAAUGUUAUAGAAUCAAUACAAAUAGAAAAUAUUAACAAAAUAUGUGCCAGAUGAUAAUAGCAUAAAUAAUAAAAAUCUAAUAAUAAUAUAGAAUAGACAUUUCCUAUAAACAUAAUUACAACAGAUCUUAUAUAAAAUAAUGGCUAUUGCAUCAAAGCGAAUGUUUUAUGACACUCAGUGUUAAGACUGUUAGCAAAUCAUUGCAGAUGGCUGUAAAACAGUGUAAUCUGAGACUGUUUUUUAUUACUUAAAGUGUGCCAUGGUGCAUUUGGGUGUCACCACAGCACUUGCGCAAAGUGUGCGCAGCGCGGCGGGCUUCAUGCGCCCUAACCGACUCGAUUUAACCCGCUGAUAUCAAAGAUCGAUGAAACGAAAAGACCAUGAGAGAAACAAUGCGUCGGUAAGCUUUAAAUUAGCCGUGAAAAUGGGCGACAGAGGCGAGAGGGGCACGGUAAAGCACAGACGGAGAACCACGAUCUCUGGAGAGUCGGCGGAGGCUCGAGCGAAGCGCAGCGGCGCAGCAGAGACGCUCAGCGGGCAGGUGAACGAGCGAGAGCGGAGGCAGGAGACAUCAGCCACAGCGAACAAACACAAGAAUGACAAUGAUACUGUCGAGACAAGACUCAGCUGUCACAAGCUUCAGGAGUCAUUGCUCAGCUCUGAUAGCGGCUACAGCAAUUACAGAGGAAUACUCAACUGGUGUGUGGUCAUGCUGGUUUUGACCAAUGCACGGCUUUUCCUGGAGAACCUUAUAAAAUAUGGCAUACUGGUGGAUCCCAUCCAGGUGGUGUCUCUCUUCUUAAAGGACCCCUAUAGCUGGCCUGCGCUGUGCCUGAUCAUCGUGUCAAACGUGUUUAUAAUGGCAGCGCUGUACACUGAGAGAAGACUAUCUGUGGGCUCCUUUUCUGAGGGUACUGGAACAUUCCUUCAUUUUGCCAAUCUUGCAGCACUUUUGUGUUUCCCAGCCGCUACAGUUCUCACCGUGACCUCCAUGACCCCAGUGGGCGGUGCUGCGGCGUUGGGGGUCUACACAGUUCUCUUCCUAAAACUCUACUCAUACAGAGACGUCAACAAAUGGUGCAGAGAGACAAGACGCGCCAAAGCCCGCACCCUGUCCCGCUCGCAUUCUCUUCCGUCUGUUCACAGAGCGAAUGGCACAACCGCAAACACACACGCGACAUAUCCGGGCAACCUCACACACAGAGACAUGUAUUAUUUUAUUUUUGCUCCGACUCUGUGUUAUGAGCUCAACUUCCCGCGGUCUCCACGGAUACGGAAGCGUUUCUUGCUGCGACGAUUGUUCGAGAUGCUGUUUUUAAUACAGUUAAUGGUUGGAUUAAUACAGCAGUGGAUGGUGCCUACUAUUCAAAACUCAAUGAAACCCUUUCAGGACAUGGAUUUCUCUAGAAUGGUUGAACGACUGCUGAAACUCGCCGUGCCCAAUCAUUUAAUCUGGCUCAUCUUUUUCUAUUGGUUUUUCCACUCCUCUAUGAACUUCGUAGCUGAGCUCAUGCAGUUCGGAGACCGCGAGUUUUACCGGGACUGGUGGAACUCUGAAACAGUCCCAUAUUUUUGGUCGAACUGGAACAUUCCUGUACACAAAUGGUGUCUACGACACUUUUAUAAGCCCAUGUUGGUGAAAGGCAUUAAUAGGUUACCGGCUCAGAUUGCUGUGUUCUUCCUGUCUGCGUUUUUCCACGAGUAUUUGGUGAGCAUUCCCCUUAAGAUGUUUCGGCUGUGGGCAUUCUUGGGUAUGAUGUCACAGAUCCCACUCGCCUACUUUGUGGGUCGAUUCUUGACAGGAAACUAUGGCAAUGCCGCUGUGUGGAUGUCGCUGAUCAUCGGCCAGCCGGUCGCCGUGCUUAUGUACGUCCAUGACUAUUACGUGCUGAAUUCUGUGGCCUUGAGGCAGGACGAUGCACCAUGACGUGACGUUCUCUAUAAUAUCCGAGAUGUUGAAUGUAAAAGCGAUGCAUAUAUUUUUACAAGGGAAAUGACACGUUUUUAACACAAUAAAAGGCCCAUUUUUUUAAAGGCACUUGGACGGAGCAGUGCGAGUAGUCGUGUGUUUUAUCAUGUGCAAUCGUAAUUGAAACACUGCCAAGCCAAAGCAACACAACAACACCUUCUCACUUCUGUUUCAUACUUGAAACGUUCCUACAACAUUGAUCAAUGCAGAGGCACAAAAUGAAGUGCCAAAAAAGUGAUGUUGUUCGUUAUUAUUUUUCAGUUUUUUUCUUCAGUAUAAAUCGAAUGUUUUUAUGAUUUGUGAUCGAAUCAGGUUUUUGCACUUUAUUUGACAAUGCAUGAAGUGUGUCAUUGUUUUACCUUAAAGAAUGCAAGUUUACUUUCAACUUAAAUAAGUAUUCAUUUUAAGAAUGUACCUGCUUUUACAAUGGCAAGAAAAAGUAUGUGAACCCUCUGGAAUUACCUGCAUUUAUGAACAGAUUUGUCCGAAAAUAUGGUUUGAUCUUCAUCCACAAUCGUUUUGAACUAAUAUUGUUCUUGCACAUUUUGAAUACAUCAUUCAAAAAUUCACAGUGCAGGUUGGAAGAAGUAUGUGAACCCCAGAGAGUCAGGAGUUGGCAAACCUUCAGAAACGAGAUCGGAGGUGCGGGUUAGAGCUACUUUGACUUAUAAAAAGCACUCAAACAUUUUGAGUUUGCUAUUCACUAGAAGCAUCUGCUGAUGUGGACCUUUUUAGCUGACCUACAAUCAAUAAUUGUUGCUUUGCCUAAAGCUGGAAAGGGCUACAGAGUUAUCUUGAAGAAACACUUGCUUGAGGUUAUUGCUGCCAAAGAAGGAUCGACCAGUUAUUAAAUCCAAGGGUUCACAUACUUUUUCCACAGCACUGUGCAUGUUUAAUGGGAUGUGUUCAAUGAAGACAUGAAAGAUU